AUGUCUACUGGCCUCAUGCAUCGCACAGCCCUGUCAUUCGUCCAACAUCUCAGUAAUCUCAAGCCUAUUGAAGUCAAGUCUGAAGAUGCUGCAACCUUUGAACUGGAAAUGGAGCUCAAAGACCCUAACAGUCGCAUUUUUCUGUACAAGGAUGGUGUGAUGAUUCCAUUCAGCAAAGAAGCUGAAGGAGAAAUGAAGCACGGUCUGAAACAGGUUGGCAAGAAAUAUAUCUUCACUGUCAAAAAUCUCAAAGCCGAAGAUGCCGGAAUCUAUCAAGUUGAUGUUGAGGGUGUCAAUAUCUUUUCAACGGAUUUCAAGAGUACUUCCCCUGUGGACUUUGCCCUGAAGAUUAAGGAGGUGACGGCCCAAGAGAGAGAGGAUGCCCUCUUUGAGUGCGUCUUAACUCAGCCCAUGAGUGAAAUCGUUUGGACCUUAAAAAAUGUCCCUAUCUCUAACAGUGAGAAAUAUGAGAUUACUUCUACAGAGGACAAGCUGAUCCACCGUCUGAAAAUCAUUGACUGUAUGCCUUUGGAUGCUGGAAUCUAUGCUGCUAUAGCCGGCAUUAAGUCUUGCAAUGCCUGGUUGAUUGUAGAAGCUGACAAAGAUCCUGCAUCAAAGGGCAAGAAAAAAGCUCGUAAAACCACUCAGGCAGGUGGCGGUGGUGAUGACCUGCUGAAGAUUGCUGCUGAGCAGGCCGAGAAGAACAAGAGGGAGAUAGCAGAAGCUAUGGAGGCUGCAAAGAAACUCCAGGCUGAGCGAGACGCAGCAGAAGCAGAAGCCAAAGCCAGAGCGGCAGCUGAGGCCGCAGCAGCACAAGCGGCUGCAGCCACAGCGGCUGCCGCUGCUGCUAAAGCUGCACAAGAAGCUCUAGCUGCAGCUAAAGCCAAAGGUAUAUCUGAGGCUGAAGCUAAAGCCGCAGCAGACGCAGCAGCACGGGCUGCAGCAGCAAAAGCAAAAGCCCAAGCGGAGGAAGAGGCCAGGAAACAAGCUGAACUCAAUGCCUUGAAUAAAGGUCUGAGUGCUGAGGAAGCUGCAGCAGCGGGGGCUGCGGCGGCAGCUGCAUUGUCUAAACAGGCAGCAGCUGCGGCAGCAAAGCUUGGGAAGGCUGGAGGUGCAGGUGGAGCUGGAGGUGAUGGUGCAGCAGCAGUAGGUGCAGUGUGGGCUGUGGGAGCUACUGGAGAAGGAGGAGCUGGUGGAGCUGGAGGAGCUGGAGGAGCUGGUGGAGCUGGAGGAGCAGGUGGAGCUGGAGGAGAAGGUGGAGCUGGAGGAGCAGGUGGAGCUAAUGGAGCUGGAGGAGCAGGUGGAGAAGGUGGAGCCGGUGGGGCUGGUGGAGAAGGUGGAGCUGGUGGAGCCGGAGGAGCCGGUGGAGAAAGUGGAGCUGGAGGAGCUGGUGGAGAAGGUGGAGCCGGAGGUGCUGGAGAAGCUGGAGCUGCUGGUGGGGCUGGUGGGGCUGGAGGAGCUGACGGUUCUGGGGGAAAUGGUGGUGAUGAUGGAGAUAAAGGAGGAAAGAAGCGUCAGAGGGAAGGACCUCUUGUACCGGAGACUGUUGUAGGAAACAUACUCAGCCCAGUUGCAGAAGUGAGCAGGAAGGAAGGAGAGGCCAAGAGCCGCACUCGAGUAAGACAAGGCCCACUGAUACCAGACACGGUGAUUGGAGGAAGUAACCCAUCAGAUAAAGAAACCCCAUCAGAUAAACAGAACCCAUCAGGUUCUGAAAAUCCUUCGGGUAAUGGUAACCAAUCAGGUUCAGGAAACCCAUCUGGUUCUGACAACGCUUCAGGCUCUGCAAACCCAUCAGGGUCUGGAGCCGCAUCGGGUUCUGGAAGCCCUUCAGGUUCUGGGGAUCCACCAGGCCCUGGGAAGCCACCAGGUCCUGGAGGUCCAUCAGAUGGCAGCACUGAAGCUACAGAUGAAGAAAAAGGUGCUCAGAAUGAAAAGGAUGAGUCAGCUAAAGCUCGCAGGCGUUCAGAGCGUAAAAAACAAGGCUCACAGGUUCCGGAAAAAGUUGUUGAUCCUGGUGUUUACUUCGCUGCUGGGCUGGAAGACUGCAAAGUUAUUAUAGGAGAGGAGGCUGAACUGGUCUGCAAACUCAGCAGUGCUGAUUGCGAGGGCGUCUGGUCCAAAGAUGGCACAGAGAUUACUGCUUCCUCUGAGGGAAUGGCAAUCAGUAAAGAUGGAGCCACUCACAAACUAAAAAUUGACAAAGUAACAGAAGAAUUUGCUGGAACUUAUCGAUUUGAGGCUGAUGGGCGUAAAACUGAAUGCUCGAUUGCUGUUGAAGAUCCACCAAGAUUUGAUGGUGCGGAACUUGAAACGUUUGCCAAACCAAUUGUCAUCAAACACAAUCAAAAAGCCACUUUCAAAAUCCCAUACAUUGGACGUGAGCCAUGCAAAAUUCAGUGGUACAAAGAUGGCGAAGAGCUCGCAUCAGACUCUCACUGCAAGAUUGAGAUCACGGAAGGUGAGAGCCGUCUACUUCUCACCAAACUGCAACGUAAAGACACUGGGGAAAUCAAAAUCAAAAUCAAAAACGAGUUCGGCACAGUGGAAGCCAUUUCUAACCUAGUUGUUCUUGAUAAACCAACUCCCCCGCUUGGACCUCUGGAGAUUGUUGAAGCAUCUUCCAACUGCGUCGAGAUCAAGUGGAGACCACCAAAAGACGAUGGUGGUUGUACUAUUCAGCAUUACAUACUUGAGCGCAACCAAAUUGGACGCAAUACAUGGAAAAAGAUAGGCCAGAUUCCAGGGCAAGCCCACUACAAAGACACGGAUGUUGACCAUGGCAGGAGAUACUGCUACCGUAUCAGAGCCCAGACUGAUCAGGGUACCAGUGAACUGAUGGAGACUGAGGAUGUACAGGCUGGCACUAAAGCAUACCCUGGUCAGCCAUCUGCUCCUAAAGUAGCCAGUGCCUUCAAAGACUGCAUUAACCUAACAUGGGCUCCUCCAACCAACACUGGAGGAACCAAUAUUUUAGGUUAUAACUUGGAGAAACGCAAGAAGGGCAGCAACUUGUGGGGCCACGUAAAUCCACCUGAUCAGCCAAUUCAAGCAAAGAAAUAUGCUGUAAAAGAUGUAGUCGAAGGAAUGGAGUAUGAAUUCCGUGUCUCCGCCAUCAACAUAUCGGGAUCUGGUGAACCAAGUGUCCCCUCAGAAUUUGUGUUUGCAAGAGAUCCAAAAAAGCCCCCUGGUAAAGUUGCUGACCUUAAAGUGACAGACUCCAGCUACACAACCCUCUCCUUGUCAUGGACUAAACCAAAAGUUGACCCCGGGGUUCAGGAUGAGGCCAAGGGAUACUUUGUUGAUAUUAGGCUUGCUGAGAACCAAGAUUGGGAUCGAUGCAACCCACAUGCAGUCACAAUGACCUCCUUCACUGCAAAGAGAAUGAAAUCAAUGGCCAUGUAUUGGGUAAGAGUAAUCGCCGUCAAUGAAGGUGGAGAAGGUGAGCCAAAGGAAUUGGACAACUACAUCUUGGCAAUGCCUCCACCAGUGCGACCAAAAUUCACUGAUGUCAAGAUCAAGAGUUUCAUGGUGGUUAGAGCUGGAAAUUCUGCACGUUUCAACAUCAACUUUGAGGCUUCCCCAUGGCCCGAUGUCAUCUGGCUGAAAGAUGGUAUCCCUGUGUCCAAACGUGCCACUAUUAGUAAUGCAGAGGGAACCUCUCAGAUCCUGAUCCCGUCUGCAGAGCGCUCAGAUACAGGAAUCUACACCAUCGUAGUCAAGAACAUUGUGGGACAAGAGACCUUCAGUAUUGAGAUUAGAGUCACAGAUGAGCCAAAGCCUCCAGGUCCCAUAGAGUUGGAUGAGAAUGUUCCGGGCACAGUGACAGUUUCCUGGGAACCUUCCCCUGACGAGAAGCGUGAUGAUCGCCUGCAUUACAUGGUGACCAAAAGAGACUCCAGCAAGAGAACCUGGCACACUGUAGCAGACCGUAUCUUCAACAACCGCUUCACAGCCUGCAACAUCAUGCCAGGGAGGGAAUACCAGUUCCGUGUCUACUCCAAAAAUGACAUUGGCCUAUCUGCCCCUUCAGAGUCAACAAAAUGGCUAAUCACAUCCAAGAAAGAAAAAUUCACGCUGAACAUCCCAGAGUCCAAGACCUGCAAUUUGGAGAGCGCCCCAAGGUUUAUGGUCUCCUUGAAGAUCCACACAGCUCCACAAGGCUAUGAGUGCUACAUGAGCUGCGCUGUGAGGGGUGACCCAACACCCCACGUCACCUGGUACCACAACAACGUCAGCCUGAACACCAACACCAACUACCUCAUCACCAACACCUGCGGCGUCUGCUCCAUGCUCAUUCUCAGGGUUGGAGCUAAAGACAUGGGCGAAUAUAAAGUCAUUGCUGAGAACCCGCUGGGAAGAGCCGAGUGCUCGACCAAUCUUGCAGUGAGAGAUUAAAAUUAUGAUGAUGAAGGACAUCAAAACCGAUGUGUUGGUGUUGUUGUUUUUUCUGGAUUUUAGGCCCUCUGUAGAAUUACACCAUCGAGUAAUUUUGAAGAAAGAUAUGAAAGCACUAUGCACCGUGUGGCCUUAUUAGACAAAAAUGAUAGAAUCAAAUGCAUGUUUAAAGCAUAUAGUCUUACUCUUUAAACCUGGAAAUGUAAACCCUACAGCAUGUGUUGUGCUGCUUGGGUGGCUGAUGCCUAAUACACUGUGUUUACCUAAUCUUGUUUGCCAAUGAUUUUACUUAAGCGUAGAUUGGGGGUGGGUUGAGAGGUUUUAUUCUUGUACGCAAUUUAAUUUAUUAAUUUAUUUAUUCUUUGCUUUUGUGUUUCUGCUCUGUUCCUUCACACUUUUGCAAAUUCGAUUACACAUUAUUACACUUAAAACAAAAUGUAGUGUUGAUUUCCUGCAUCCAUCUUGUAUUUUCUUGCUUGCAUGGAAAAUUGUAAAAGAAGCAAAAGGCUUCUUCAGAUAUGCUUAAUCAACAGAAGUGGCUUGGUGUAAAUAAAUAAAAUAUCCAGGUUUUUUGAACAGA